UGCCAGCUAGAAGUCUACUUACUGGAGUCAGAGAAUCCUUUAUCACCAAGACGGCUCAGCGUUCACCUAGCCUCCCAGCCCACCCCAGUGAACGCCACAAGGCACUUCCACCACGAUUCAAGCCCUCAGACAAAAGCAGAGAGCACAAACUCAGUCUCUGCUUUAGACUUGGGCCUUCUCUCUCAAGCCGGCUUCCACCUGGGCUUCGGUUAUUCCGGCCCCUGCAUCUUCCUCUCCAGGGUUAGGGUGUAUUUCAGGAAAUGCCCAGGCUUUUCUGAGGGCCAGGCUGAGUUCCCCAGUGCGGCUGGCGGGGCCGGCCAGAUAAGGGGGGUCUGCGUUGAGAACUCCAUUGAAGUGUCUCCCCCGCUCAGGGAGUGCGGCUCAGACGGGAUUUGGGGGGACUUGGAGGGGCAGUGUGUGUGUGACAGAGGAUACCAAGAAACUGGACAGCAGUGUGAAGCCUGUAGGAUUGGAUACUACAAACCGGCCAAUCGCAGUGAGGGGUGUCGGCAGUGUCCGCCCAAUAGCAAGACAGAGGCAGAGGGAGCAGAGUCGUGCCAGUGCAUGAUGGGAUACUUCCGGUUGUCCAGUGACCCAGUGGAGCUGGGCUGCACCAAGCCCCCCUCUGCCCCCCAAAACCUCACAUUCUCUGUCCACCAGUCCUCAGUGACUCUGUCCUGGGAUCCCCCUGGUGAUCUGGGGGGGAGGGGAGAUGUCCAGUAUGCAGUGGGGUGCUGGGAGAAGGCAGGCAGUAAGGACUGGGAGCGCUGUGGCGACGCUGUCCACUACCCGCGGGCUAGCAGACUGACCAACACCACGGUCACUGUGACCGGCCUGCAGAGGGCGCUCCAGUACCGAUUCCAUAUCGAAGCCAGCAACGCGGUGUCAGCAACCAGCGGAAUGGCUCGGGCUUCCAGUGCAGUCAGCAUCACCACGUGGGUACCCCAGCCUCUCCCGAUCACCACCCUGCCUGUGUCUGAGAAGCCGAGCUCAGUGCAGCACCACGUGGUGCUGGGAGCCGCACUAGGGGGCGCUGUGCUCAUCGCUCUCGUUGUUAUAGUGCUGAGCGCCACGCGGAAGAAAUACAAAAAACUAACUAGAGAACAGGAGGUGGAGUUGCUGCCUGUCGAUUCUGGCCGGACCUACAAGCGACCGACUGAGGAGGUGUCGUCUGUAUCAGAGGGGGUGAUCUGGCAGCGUCUGGGGGUCAGUGAGCAGCUGAAGUCCAGUCUGAAGGAUGUCCUGGUGGAACGCAGUGAGCUGAGUCUGGGUCGGGACUUGGGCUCAGGGGAGUUCGGUGCUGUGUAUGAGGGUUACUUCAGACCAACGGACGGGCCAGAGAUCAAAGUGGCGGUGAAAACGAUGAAAGUGGGGCUCUACAGUCAAGAGGACCUGGAGUCUUUCCUGAAAGAAGCAGAGAUCAUGCAGAACUUCAACCACGCCAACGUGGUCCGACUGUUAGGGGUCGCUCUGGAGUCCAACCCUGAAUCUCGCAUCCCCUCGCCGAUGGUCAUCCUGCCCUUUAUGAAGCAUGGAGACCUGCGGAGAUUCCUAUUGGCUACACGGCAUGGAGAGAUCCCCAUGUUUGUUCCCUCUCAGACUCUGCUGCGCUUCAUGAUUCACAUCUCCUCCGGGAUGCAGUAUCUCAGUAGCAGAGGGUUUCUACACCGGGACCUGGCAGCACGCAACUGCAUGCUGGGAGAUGAUCUCAGAGUCUGCGUGGCUGACUUCGGCCUCUCUAAGAAGAUCUACAGCAGCAACUACUACAGACAAAAGGUGGCGAUCCGGAUGCCUGUCAAGUGGAUGGCAAUCGAGAGCAUGGCAGAGUCUGUCUACACAAGCAAGAGCGACGUGUGGUCUUUCGGGGUGACCAUGUGGGAGAUCGUGUCUCGUGGCCGGAGCCCUUACCCUGGAGUUCAGAACCACGAGAUGUUUGAGUUCCUCGAAGCAGGGAAUAGACUGAAGCAGCCGGCCGACUGCGACCCCAAGCUGUACCAGCUGAUGACUGUGUGCUGGAGCCCAGACCCCUCUGACAGACCCAGCUUCUCAGAGCUCGAGAGCAGCCUGAAGGAGCUCCUGGCCUCUCUGCCUCCCCUCCACGCCAAGGAGGAGGCCCAGUACAUCAACCAGGGCCUGGAGCUCGCAGUGCAGGGGCUGGGAGGAGACGAGUACAAUGCCCAGGGCAACCUGUACCUGCCCAACCCCACCACAGCACCCCUAGAGGACAGCACGGCUUCCUGCAGCUCUCAGGAUGAACAGGGAUAUCAGGUCUUCAUCAAGUCUCAGUGAACAGUCCUGGUAGCGCUUUCUUUACAUGAACUCAAGACCCCUUAUCUCAGUUUUUACCAAUUUGUUAUCAAAAAAUUCCUGGGUUUUACAAAAGCUACAGUAAUUUUAAACACGUUUUACAAUUAUUAACACAUAUUAACACUCAUUCCCAUGACACCUGACUGUAUAAAACACAAUCUAGAUCAGCCAAGGUGUUUUCAUAGCAGUCGAAUGACAAGCUACUGUGAGUCUGCUUUCCUUUCAUUUUGCUGGUAAUACACAAGCUGUGCACUAGAUGGUGCUAUCGCUUAUUGAUAUAAAGACACUUGGGCAAAUCUCCACUACACACGUCUAUGGCAGACACCUAGAGCUGAAGAUUAGCUCCUGAGCCUUCCCUGUGACCUGUGAUGAAAUUAUUGAAAGCCGUUAGUGGUUUAUGAUAUGCAUUACAAUAUUUGACCAGAAGGUGGCACUGCUAUCUAAGGAAGCUUUUGAUUAAGUUGCAAAAGGCUGUUGGUCUACAUUCAGAAAGCUUAGCUAUGUCUCACACAGUCUACAGCUACGGACAAAAGUAAAGGAAAAACUACAAAGCGGCAUGCAAGUCAAUAUGUUAGCAUAACAUAAUACAGCAGGUUUCAUUCGA